AUGGCGAGGAGGCUUACCGAGUCAAUACCAUCCUGGACUCCCGACGCCGGAACGGUCGCCUACAGUACCUGGUCGACUGGGAGGACUAUGGUCCCGAGGAACGGUCCUGGGUGCCCGCUGAGGACAUCUUGGAUCCUUCCCUCACCACGGAGUUCCACUCUACUCACCCAGAUCGACCAGCCCCCCGUGGAAGGGGAAGGCCCCGGCGUCGGUUGCCUCCUCGCGCCAGGAGGCGCUCGCAGGGGGGGGGCUCUGUCACGAACGCGGUCUCUGUGGCUCCCCCUGUCCCGCACCAGCGGGAACCUUCACCGGAGUUUUAACUACAUUACCCAUCAUCCCGUGCCUGGGGCUCGCCACUUCCGGUUCCGGGUCUCUCAGUUCACUUCCCCUCUGGCGGCCAUUUUAGCGUGCCGCGCCGGCACGUCCGUUGCGAAGUUUUGUUUGGUUAUGCCUUCAAUCCUGAGCGUUUUCUCAUCGGACUGCCUUUCUGUUGCCAACCGGACUGUUAACGUUGUGUGUGAUCUUUUGCUGCCUGCCUUUUGUCGACCCACGCUAUUGUCUCGGAUUAUUGUGUUUGCUUGCUGCCGGCCCCGACCUCUUGCACGGACUAUAACUAUCCCUCUGGUUUUGCCUUCACCACAACUGUCUGCCGUUGACGACUUGCGCCUGUUUACUCUGUUGGAUUUAAUAAAGCUGUUGCAAAUGGAUCCUCCGUCUCACGAUUCGUCCGUAACCGCGUCACAGUUUGGGAAUGAAACUCUUCUACCACAUGAUCUUCAGAGGAAGUGAUCCAGUUCAUUCCUGGCAGUUUGGAGGAGGACUGCUCUUUAUCUGCUGUGUCUGUCACUUCUGGUGCAGAGUAAUGGACCUUUUGUUGUAUGUUUUGGUUUGACUUAUUACACUAAUAUAGCUAGAAUUCAGAAUUAAAAUACAUGUGUUUAUCUACAUAUUAUCAGAGCUACAGUGGUG